CCUGAACUCGUCCGUCAAAAUCACACCAUUUUUUAUCCGUUCAUCCAAGACGCAGCAUGUCGCCGGCCGUCAAGAAACUCCCGCCCCCUGCGCCUCCCAAGCAACGUUCAUCCGCCCACCCCUCGGCAUUGACUCACCCAUCUCAUAAAGCAGCAACCGUUCCGCUCAAGCCUCUACAGGGAGUGAGCAAGACUCGCGGGGAUGUAGGCAAGGCCGGUCAUGGAAGAGAAUGUAUCUUUGUGACACGCAAGACGGCGCUCGGUGCUUUAAUGGGCAGAUGUAGGAGCUUGGUUGUUGAUGAAGGAUAUACCUCUCUUACGCUUUACGCCCUGGGCCCGGCAAUCUCUCAUGCCCUCUUGCUUCUUCACGCACUUUUAGAUCUAUUGCCGUACCCAAAGGGAGAGAAGGGAAUGUGGUAUGAAAUCCGAACGGGCAGUGUAGAAUGCGUUGACGAGAUAGACAAAAUGGGAGACGGCCAAACAGACGGGAAUAAUGCAGUACAAGAAGAGGAUGCCUGGUUGAACGAUGUCGGCUCUGUCGAAGCCAGUGUACCGGAGCGAGCUACUAGGAUCAAGUCUUCGAUAGAGAUCACCAUCCACAUUGCGCCUCGACCGGCCUCAAAGAGCUUGUCUACGAUCACGGAGAAGAAGAAAAAGAACAGACCGAGCAAGAAAAGCCGCAUGGCGAGGUGGAAUAGGUUAAAAGAAGAGGAAAGGCUGAGAGAAGAGGAAGAGGAAGAAGAAGUGGAAGAGGAGGAAGGCGACGAGGAGGCUACCAUGAAUGCAUGACAGGCUGCCCCUAUUUGAGAUGGAGUGGAAAAGGGCUUUCUUUUUGUACUGGGUAUGUUGGUCGUCUGUGUUAUAAUUGUAUUCGAUCCUCUUGUACCUGCACAAUGACAAUGACAUGUAUGGCCGCCACGCAGUCGCUAUAUACGCUGUCGAUGCAGUGGUGAC